ACACCAUGCUCAUACCGUGAGCACGUUACACUGCACAAAUUCGAUAUGACAGAAUUUACCGUUUUGAUAGAACGACCAUUUGAUUUGCAAAGUGUGAUUGCACGACCACUCACUGCGAUACUGCUCCAAAUGAAGCACGUGUUAAUUACAAAAUAACACUUUAUUUUUAAAAAUAGCCAUAAAUAACGAGAGAAAAAAAAAUCGCAAAAUUCAUAGAAAAGUCGAAAAAAAUUCAAAGUAACAACGGUUUCGCCGGUGAAACGUUCUAGUUUUUAAGUAGUUUUUAAGCUUAAUCAAACAAAAUUAAAGUUCAAACGGAAAUUGUGUUUCUUUCGGCACGUUUGUUCAAUCGUUCGAUCUCAAUCAUCCUUAAAAUAAUCAAAAAGUUCACAAUCAACGAUAAAACCAAAAGAAAAACAUAGUCAACGAAUUUUCCGGGCAAAUCAAUAGGCAAUUCAGAGACAUUUCACACACAUUUUUGAUAUGUUUUAUAAUAUUGGUCAAACAUUUGUGCCAUGCUACGUGCAAACACCCAUGUAUUACAACCAGAUGCCAUCUGCAAUUGGUGGCAGUGUUCCAGUUGGUGUUGGUAACAAUGCUAGUGGGACAAUUGGUGGCACAGGCAGCAGCGGUGGUACAACGCAUUCAACAUCGGCAAAUGCAUCUGGACAAAUACCGAACAAUGAAGAAUGUGGAAUUCGUGAUGUAUGGCGACACAAUUUAGAAGAGGAAUUUCGUACAAUUCGUCAAAUCGUACAAAAAUACAAUUAUGUGGCAAUGGACACCGAGUUUCCGGGUGUGGUGGCUCGUCCAAUCGGUGAAUUUCGAUCGGCCGCCGAUUAUCAGUAUCAAUUGUUAAAAUGUAAUGUCGAUUUGUUGCGCAUCAUUCAGUUGGGCCUUACAUUUAUGGAUGACGAAGCGAAAACACCCAGCGGCUACUCAACAUGGCAGUUCAACUUCAAAUUCAAUAUACAAGAGGAUAUGUACGCUCAAGAUUCAAUCGAUUUGCUGCGAAAUUCGGGCAUUCAAUUCAAUAAACAUGAAGAGGAGGGUAUCGAUCCAAUGGAUUUUGCCGAAUUGCUAAUGACAUCGGGCAUUGUGCUGAUGGACAAUAUUAAGUGGUUGAGCUUUCAUUCCGGCUACGAUUUUGGCUACCUACUUAAAUUAUUAACCGACCAAAAUUUGCCGGCCGAAGAGGGGGAAUUUUUUGAACUGUUGCGAUUGUACUUUCCAACCAUUUACGAUGUAAAGUAUUUGAUGAAAUCGUGUAAAAAUCUCAAAGGUGGCUUACAAGAAGUGGCCGAUCAGCUGGAGCUACGACGCGUGGGACCGCAACAUCAGGCCGGUUCCGAUUCACAUCUAACCGGAAUGGCAUUCUUCAAAAUGAGAGAGGUAUAUGAUUGCGUUGAAUUUCGUUUAGCUAUAAAGAAUUCGGAGAAGAAAUUAUUUUGGCGAUGUUGUGAUGACUACACAAGUGUGAAAAUUGAGAAUGGCAGCGGCAGCGACACGAUCACCGACAAUGGCAAUGGCAAUGGCAUCAACGGCAAACUGAUUUCCAUCAGAGACGAUAAUGACAGUGAUGACACUGAAUCGAAACUGGAUAUCAAUCACAAUGCAAUUGCAGCCGAUGAAGCAAAUGACAAAGUCAUGUUAUUCAAUUGAACCGAACUGAAUCAACAAAAUCAAUUCUCCAUCAAAUUCACACAUCGAAUCGUGAACACAAUAUCUUAAAUUAUUGUACACUUUUUUUCUAAUUGAUUUAUACCAAUUUUGGCACAUUUUUUGUGUGUGUGUGCAAAUGAUCCAUUUCCAAAAAGCAUUUUCCAAAAGCAAAAUUACAAUUUCUUUGUAUGAUCCAAAUGUCAUUGCAAGCAAUCAAAUUGCUUUGCAUCUUUUUUUAUCUUGCAUUUUUUUACACUUCGGUUGUUGAUGGUUGAUAGUGUUCUUUCUUCAAAUCGAUGAAAUGCGUAGAAAGAACAAAAGAAUAGAACGAAAAACAAUUGUAUGAAGCCAUGCCGAUAAAUUCAGCAAAUGUCACACGAUUACACACACCAAUCGCCCAACGCUAAAAUAAAAACCGUAGAUUUAUCAAUAUCAUUGUAGCCAGUAGUUCAUUUUAUUUCACAUUCAAAAUCGAAUCCACCCAUUAAUCUCAUAAUAUCUCUCUUCUCUUUCCCGUUUCUUUUUAUUUUCUUGGCGCCGUAUGCAGAUGUUCUUUGAGGAUAACAUUGAUAAUGCAAAAUACUGCGGCCAUUUGUAUGGCCUAGGCAACACAUUUAUAAUAAAUGGAAAUAACUACCACGAUAACGGCGAUACAAACUCUUCAUGAUGCGAUUUACAAUCGAUAACUCCGUCGCCGCCGUAAUAACCGUCAAAGAUCAAUAAAAAAAAUAUAGCCUGUGUUACCAUCAGCACCGGAGGUGUUCUCCCCACAAUUUGGAAUGAAGAAAAAUAAAUCCCAAUCAGAACCAGAUACGCAAAACAAAAACAAUGAAUGAAAAAAAUGGUAUCGUGGAGAAAAAAGCAGAGAAAAAAAAAUUAUUUAAGAAAAACAUGAAAUGAAAUUGACGGGGCAAUUUCGUGCCACACACACACACAUAGCAACAUCUCAAUCAUAUGAUUCUAUCGCAGCAACAAUUUUCUGUUUUUUUGUUUGUUCCUUUGUAAUUCUUUCGUUUAAAAAACAAAUUCAUUCGGUGUAACCAUCCAUUUGUCCCGCAUUCACCCGAAUUUUCCUCUUUAAUUAGCACUUUUUAAUUUUCGCUUCGUUUUUUUAUAGAAAAAGAAAAGAAACAAAAAUGUCUGACUGUAUUUUUUAAAUUAAUAAUAUUUGUGUGUGUAUUUCACGUUCAUUGCUUCACAAUAAUAAUUUUUUAAAUAAACAUGAGAAGAAGAUGAAGAUGAUGAAGAAAAAAAAAGAAGAAAACAAUGAAAAAAAUGCAAACAAAUCAACAAA